CUCUACACACUUUCAUCCCAGAAUUCUACUUUCUACUUCGACCAACUUGAACAAACAACAAACGUUAGAGAAAACAAUUAAGGUUAAUUACAUCGAUGAUGGCUAUGACUCUGACGGUCCUGGUGAUCUUGCUCUCGGUUGUCUCUUCUGCAUCGUGUGCUCGAUUGGUUGGGGGGAAGACGGAGAUCCCCGACGUGAGGAGAAACAGGGAAGUGCAAGAGCUUGGGAGGUUCUCGGUGGAGGAGUACAACAACGGUUUGAAGCUGUGGGGGAACGACAGCGAUAACGAGAGAGAGAAGUUAACCUUUUCAGAAGUGGUGGAGGCGCAGCAACAAGUGGUGUCAGGGUUGAAGUACUAUUUGAAGAUCUCGGCUACUCAUAGAGGGAUUCACAGAAUGUUCUCCUCGGUCGUAGUGGUGAAGCCCUGGCUUAGUUCCAAGAAGCUCCUCCACUUUGCACCUGCAUCCACCGUCAACACUAACCAGUGAACAUUAUAAUAGAGAGAGAGAAGAGAAUCGUAAUUAUACAAUAAUAAGCAUGGAGGUUAAUUUCUUGGCAUGGCGGUGUUUUGUAUUUUCAAGUGAGUUUAUCAUUCUCUGGUAAUAAUUUUUUUCCUACAGAUGUACUUUUUGUAUGGUGGAUGUGGGGAGAACGGGAAUUUCGGACUACAAUUUGAAAUCUAUAUAUACACAUGUAUACCAUGUGUACCAGAGAGAACAUGAGUAUUAAUAUAAUUAUAUAUAUUGUAAGUUUGUGUCCUAAAAUUAGUCUUCUGGAUAUUUUCUGCAGUGAAUUUAACUGGAACCAAGUUUAAGUUUUAUUUAUUUAUUUAA